GAGGUGCAGUGGCUGGUCCGGCUGUCGGGGCACCCGCACGUUGUGCCCAUCCGGCACCUGGUCGUCGAAGAGGGCCCAGGACGCGGCGUUGUGGGCUUCACCGUGCCCUUCCUCCCCGGUGGAUCGCUCGAGGCGAGCAGGACUACACGGCCCUUCAAGCUCAAGUGGGCCAAGCAGCUCAUGCAGGUUGUCAACGACCUCAAUCUGCAGCACGGCAUAGCGCACACUGACGUACGCCUCCGAAACAUAAUGGUCGACCCCGCUACCGACAACCUCGUUCUCAUCGACUUUGGCACAGCCGCCAGGUGUGGA